AUGAAGCUGCUGGUGCCUCUCCUGCUGGUCGCUCUGGCCCUUGGCUGCUAUGAGGCUGAUGCAGCAGCGUGUCCAGCCUUUGUUGCUGACAGCACAGCCUGUUUACUGGCCACAAAAUCUGCUUUUCGGCUAGCUUUAGCAAAAUACAAUGCACCUCCUGAAGCUGUUGAGGCAAAAAUGCAAUUGAAGGAAUGCACGGAUAAGAUCGCCUUAGAAAAAAGACAGCUCAUGGCAGCAGUGCUGGAGAAGAAGCAGCCCACAAAUGUGGAAGAGUAUGAACAACAGGAAAAAAUUGGCAUGGAAUUGGAAUAA